ACAAUGGCAACAUAAGAGUCAAAGAGGUACUGGGAUCUGAAAGUGCUACGUUCCUGCAAGUACAAAUAUGUGUGGAAAAUCGGAGACUUUAUAACGUCUGCCAAGUUUUAGAUAUAACAAUAUACCACACAUCCCUUACGAGCAUACCUAUUCUCACGAAGCUUCACGCGAACACGGACAUAGAAAAACUGAUCUGGAGCGUUACCGCUACCAUUGAUAUCACCUUCACAUGCAAUACCACAUUCACCUGCGCAGAAUCACAUGAUAGCGACUUGUGUAUAGUAACAGACAGCUCAGACUUGUAUUAUGGAACGCAAAGAGGCAUCAUUUUCGAUGUAAAGAAAAAGGAAUGUACGGACAAACUGUGUGCGUCCUGCAAGAUAGCAAACUUCUGCACCAACGAAAAUGAAACAUAUUUUUACAUGGUUGACUGUGAAAAAGACAACACGAACACCUGGGCUGACUUCACAACAGGACAUGCUGUCGACACUAAAUCUGUGUUCUUCUAUGCUGAUAAAGACCCGCCUUUUCACUUGAGGUUUGGCAACCACACGUAUAUCGGCAUGAGUGUAAAGGGUACGGGACAAAAUGUCAACAAGGUUGAUUCCAACCCGAUCGAUGAACUGGAUGACAACGACAAGAAUAGGUACUAUAUCGGUGACGCCAAAGAGACACGAACCUGGUUAGAAAUCAAUGCAGAUGAUGGCCACAUCAGAGUCAGCGCCCCUCUUGACUCGGAAACUGCGAAGUUGAUGUUUGUACAGAUAUGUGUUGAAAACAGAAGACUUUAUACGGUGUGCCAAGUGUUAGAAAUAACAAUAUAUCACAGUUUCUUCACGAGCUGGGCAAGUAUCGCGAGGCUUCACGAGAACACGGACCGUGAAAAGCUGAUCUGGAGGGUCACAGCCACCAUCGAUAUUACGUUCACUUGUAAUACAACGUUCACCUGCGCGGAAACGCACGACAGCGACAAAUUUACAUUAAACGAUCCCAAUAACCUUUAUUAUGGAAAUCACACCGGUAUCAGAUUUGACAUACUAAAACGGAAAUGUGAGGAAGAACUCUGUGAGCCUUGUUACAUCGCCAAAUUCUGCACCAACGAAAAUGAAAUUCAUCCAUAUACGAUUGACUGUGAAAAGGCAAACACAGAUACUUGGGUCGACUUCACAACAGGGCAUGCCGUGAACACAUCGUCGGUGUAUUUUUACACUGACGUACAUCCGCCGUUUCACUAUAUCAAUGGCACACACGUGGUCGUUCUUAAAAACGAUUCUGCUCCAAACGUCACAGUGAUCAAUAUUAUAAUAUCGGAUCCGGUGAACGAAGAUGAUGACAACGACAAGAUUUUCUACUAUACCGAAAUACCUCCUAGACCAUCCUGGAUCCACCACAAUAUACUUUUUGAACUUGAUAAUACAUCUGGUGUGAUUUAUUUGGUCAAGCCACUCGAUUUGGAGUUUUCCUACACCUUCAAUAUGACCACGUGUGUCCAUAACCGUCGGAAAUUUAUCAACUGCAGCAACUUUGACAUAACCCUGUGGUCAUGCUACCAAACGCCAAACUGCUCAAAUCAAGUCAUUCUGGACUUGAAUGAUACGCACGGAAUUGAUCCACAUUCCAGCAACGAUUCUCUGUUUAUGAUGAUAUAUCCAUCUCCUUCGUAUCACUUUCCAAAUUUUCGAGGAAACUGGUCCAAUCUAACAUGGACUCUUGAUAAAGGUACUUUUGGAGAAGCGACAAUUAAUCCUCUAACAGGUGAGAUAUAUUUGACGAGGAACAUCAGUAUAUGGCCCGCGUGGCCAAACAAGACCUACAACAUGACAGUGACUGUGGACAACUCGGAAUCGUGCUACACCACCACGUGUGAAAUGGACGUCACAAUUUGGUACACGAACUGGAAACCUAGUAUAACAACCUUACCAAACGAAACCAGUUUACACGAGGAUAGGGACGAAGAAAUAUGGCUGCACAAUCUCGAAGUGUACGACUACAAUUACGACAGGUCUUCUGAUAACCACACUCUCGAAGACAACAUAACAUGCUGGAUUGAUUACGUCCAUGAUGAGUGGGGUGAAAAUGACACGGAACUAUUCGACCUCCGUCAGGAAGAUCCAAGCAAUCUUUUUAGAUGGAACUCUUACAAGCUUUACAAGAAAGCAUGUAAUAUAAGCACCUCCCCAUAUACUCCGCCUUGUGGUUAUCUCCGAGAAAACUUUACCUGUCCAAAGCACCAUGGGUGUAUGACACACAACGUGACCCAGAAAUAUGAUGUAUCCAUUAUCUGUCAGGAUGGCUACGGUGCCCAAGAUAACCGGAACUUCACAUUUCAUGUCCUCCACAACGAGGCUCCAAGAUAUCUAAAUUUACCUAAAACAAUAACACUGGAUCUAAGGAAAGGCAGCGAGCAUGACAUUAUAUUUUCGACAAUGUACAUCGACAAAGAAAACGAAAACCUUACAUUCAACUACCAUUUCUAUGAACACGAUUCCAAGGAAAAUGUGACCUACUUCAAAGGGGAUUCUAGCGGCAACUAUUACAAUCAGCUUGGAAACAUCUCAUUGACAACCUUUACCUACGAUACACCUAAGAAUACGACCUACCGAAUACAGAUAUGUGGUCACGAGAGAAGAAACGAGAUCUGCGAAAUCUUAACCGUGGAACUCAAAGAUUAUUGCGGCCCAACACCAGAGUGUAGAAGCGCGACACUAAAUGUGACUACAGAAUUGGAUCCUUACCAUGAGAUAUUUGAUGUAAACGCUCUUGUAUACAAUGCAACCGCGUUUACUGGAUUGGAAUACUCCCUUGCUACUAGACACCUUUACUUAUUUAAUAUCGAUAGCUUAGGUGUCAUCACCACAACGGCGACGCUACCAGCCAGCUAUCCGUACACCACAUACGUGCUGAACGCGUUCGUUAACGACAUAAAUUCCUGUAGCUCUUACUCCGUAUGUCCGCUGUUCCUGAACGUAAAAUACAUCAACUACCCUUUAACGAUAAAUAAUCUUAAGACGAUAAAGAAUCCUAAGACGGCUGAAGUUCAUAUUCAUGAAGACGAAGACACCUCUCUAGCGUUAUUUACCAUAGAAACGGAGGAUCGUAAUGUCGACGAUGACGUUAUUUGCGCAAUCAUAAAUCCAGACGACAACAAGCCAUUUUAUAUGAAAGAAACAUUCACUGGCUCCAAUGUUUUCGUCAUUAAGAACCACGUCGCAGAAACGGAUCAAGAGCGCAAACUUUCUGCAGCCAAGUUGGUGUACCACAUCGAAAUCAGUUGUAAUGACAGUCUUGGAGAGGGAGAUAGUGGUGAACUGAUAGUUAAUGUCACAGAAAACAAAGGACCAAGGCUGAAAGCUUUUAUCCAUAAUGGUAAAUUCGUUUUGACGUAA